GCAGUUUGCUGUCGACCAUUGGUGUCAGCUGGUGGUUUCGUCAGAUGAUAUCGUGAAUCCUAUAAUAUCACAUCGAUCACCGUGCAGAAGAAAUAGAUUCAAGAUGAGCGGAGGAAUGCCGGAGUUGGGCUCGAAGAUUAGCUUAAUAUCGAAGGCGGAUAUUCGUUACGAAGGCCGACUUUUUACUGUUGAUCCUCAAGAAUGCACGAUUGCUCUGGCUAAUGUACGUUCUUUUGGAACUGAGGAUCGAGAAACACAGCUUCCAGUGGCACCACAGAAUCAAGUAUACGAAUAUAUUUUAUUCCGUGGUUCAGAUAUUAAAGAUAUUCGAGUUGUCAACAAUGUUAGUUCUAUUCCAAAUGAUCCAGCUAUUGUGCAGAUGACGGUGCAACCGUCUAUGAGCCAGCAGUCAUACCAGCCUCAACCUAGUUAUGCUCAUCCAAUGAUGGGUCCAAUGGGUGGACAAUAUGGAACACCCUAUGGCAUGACAAUGGGUACUAUGGGACCUGUAAUGGGGAUGCCACCUUCUACUAGAGAUCCUCGUGGACCAAUCAAUAAACAGCCAAGUGAGUUGAGCUUGGGCUCUGCUGAACCCAAUGCCAUCUCUAUCCCAAACUCACUACCGAUGGCCAAUGUCGACCCAUUACCAAAAGACCAAUCUCUGGAAGAUGGUGUAUUAGAUCUUAUUAGCGGAGGUUCACGAUCAACAACUCCAACUUCCUCUUUGUUAACACGCAAAAGUCCAACUAUAGAUCAAGGUAUUCAAGUAGGUAUUCAACAACAGCAACAAAAACAACAAGCCAGCAGUGUUGGUAAGCUUGGUGAUAAAACGAAUAUGAGAACUAUUCAACCUGCCCGACGCGAUCAUGAAGGCGGCAAUAAAGCAGGAGGUACAGUAUCUCAAUAUAAUGAUGGAAAGCGUGAUUCGAUGAAGCAGGAUGGUCAGUUACAAGGUCAGGGUACUCAUAACCAAGGGGGUCGAGGGAAUCGUGGUGGAUGGAUGAAUCGUGGAAACAUGCGAGGAAGAGGGAGAGGUCGCGGGGGCUUUAGAAAUCAACCUGGCAAUACUGGUGCUAAACCGAAGAAUACAUUGAAGUUCGAUAAUGACUACGAUUUCGAGCAAGCUAAUACUGAAUUCGAGGAGCUAAGAUCUCAGUUGGCAAAAACGAAGAUUGAUACUGGUGCUGAUAAUGAGAAGAAAGAUGACAGCGGUAAUGAGACUGGAGCGGGCGAAGGUGAACCCGAAGAAGAACCUGAGAUUGUUCAUUACGAUAAGUCGAAGUCUUUCUUUGAUAACAUUAGCUGCGAGGCUGUUGAGAGGAGUAAAGGACGGUUCCAACGUACGGACUGGAGGACUGAACGUAAACUGAACUCUGAAACAUUUGGUGUUGCGUCAACGAGACGUGGUAGUUUUCGCGGACGUGGUUACUAUAAUCGUGGAAUGGGAGGCAUGUAUCGAGGUGGUGGUGGUGCAGGUGGUUCUGGUUUUCGAGGUGGUUAUAGAGGUUCUAGAGGUGGUAACCGUAAACCCGCUAACCAACAGCAACAGAACAAUCCUGGCAGUCAAAAUCGCACGACCAACGAACAAUCCACUACUCCAUCGCAGCAGAACAGCCGCGUUGUAUCAUCCUUUUGAAUGAACGACGCCCUACUAUAUAAAUAAGUAUUCACUUUAGGAUUAAGAUUUUUACAAUACCUGCUCUGCCUUUACGGACUGAUUUGAAUUCGAGUGUAAAAAGGAUUCACUUGGUUAAGGAGAAGAAGAAGAGGUAAAGGUAAUAAAAAAAAAAAAAAAAGAAGUGAAAAGUUCUUUGAGAGAACUUUAUCGUGAGGUUUUUCUACUGCCACGCAGGAAUAACGUAGAAAACUGAUCAUUGCUUUGCAAGUCCUGCGUUUAGAAUUUCUCGACAAAUAAAUACGAAUCUUAUUGUUAUAAAUAGUUAAGUUUCAAGAAAAAAAAGCAACUUGAUAUUCAGAGCUAUCAUGUCCUACGAGUUAAGAAAUUGUCGAAUGCUUAUGAGUGUAAUAAGUAUAAUGGGUGUAAUAAGUAUAAUGAGUGUAAUAAGUAAUACACGCCGGACGGUAGAAUGUUUUCAAACAACAUAUACAAAGUAACAAGUUUUAAAUUUUCAGUUACACUUGUUUAAACACUGUUAACUCGACAAGCAUGCAAUUAUGAGAGUAAAAGAACAAUAAGAAUCUCAAGGAAAAUUUUUGUAAUGCAACGUAAACACAUUGUCUAUAAAAACAAAUAAGAAUAGUAUGACAUGAUUUCGAAGAAAGAUGGAUAAAGAUGAAAGCAAAGUGACGAAUUAAUUUUUCAUGUUGCAUGUGUUGUUACUCUAGUAAAACGAGACGCAUGGAGCACUACUGUUGAUUAAAGCUUUUCACGGGUGAAUAAAACAAAUUAGUAGGGGGUAACAAACGAGAAAAAAAGAAAAAGAUAAAGUGGAACAUGCGUUCAAUCGCAGAUUAGAGUAGGACAAUAUAUUAUGAUUAUUUUGAACAGUCAACAUUAUUUAUUUAAGAUAAUGACCGUGUAUGCGAAUUUUGGUGAAAUAAUUAUUUUACUCGUGUAUUUACUAGGGGGUUUUGAUUUUCGAACAGGAACGUAUAAUUGUUCCUUAUGGAGAAACAGAAAAAGAAGAAAAUAAAUAAAAAGAUUGAUUUUGUAUAUUUCAUAGAAAUACGCGUGUAAAGCUGAAUCGUACAUCAAUACUGACCAUUGAUUUUUGUUUGCCCUUUUUUUUUCUUUAAAAUAUUAAACGUGAGUAUGUUAAUGAAAGAGAAAAUGGAAGCGCAAAUGCCUUCUUGUAAUUCGACUGCGUUUGAUAAGUUCGAUUUUCAAUUAAAAAGAAAAUUCUGAUAAAUUUUUGAUGUACGAGGACGCUAUGCGUAGAUUGCAGAUAGCGUUACGAGAGUAAGACUCUAAAAGCAUGAUAAUGUUCUUCAAAAAUAUAAGACGCAAAAAGGAAGGCAUAGGUAUAUUAUUUGCGACUGUUAUUUUCUUAUGGUUCGUAUGGAAUCCUAAACGUAUACAGAUAUAUACAUUACAUUAACAUGAGAUUUAGUUACGUGUAAGUCUUAUAAAAGAAAAAGAAGAAAAACCUCCAUAAGCUAACAGUAAAGUUGCAAAGCAAGGAAAAAAAAAAAA